AUGGCUCUGCCGGCGGUGAACGGGAGUGCGCUGGAGGUGUCGGCGGGCUGCGGGGAGCAGGGGAACCUCAGCGUGGAAGUUACCGACUAUAACGUGAGCUGCACGAACAACUCCGUCCUCCCCAGACCGACCGCCAGAGCCAGAGAGAUGGACUCGCUGCGUAUCCUCCUCUACUCGCUCAUCUUCCUGAUCAGCGUCUUCGGAAACCUGCUGAUCAUCGUGGUCCUGAUGCUGAACAAGCGCAUGCGGACCGUCACCAACUCCUUCCUGCUGUCGCUGGCGGUCAGCGACCUGAUGAUGGCCAUCUUCUGCAUGCCCUUCACCCUCAUCCCCAACAUCUUGGAGGACUUCAUCUUCGGAGCCUCCAUGUGCAAGACCGUCACCUACUUUAUGGGAAUCUCUGUCAGCAUCUCCACCUUCAGCCUUGUGGCCAUCGCCAUCGAGCGAUACAGCGCCAUCUGUAACCCGCUGAAGUCUCGCGCGUGGCAGACCCGAUCCCACGCUUACCGCGUCAUCGCCGCCACGUGGGUGGUGUCGCUGCUCAUCAUGGUGCCAUACCCGGUGUUCAGCGUCCUGAGGUCUUUCUCUAAGACCAACAGUACUGUCGGCCACAUGUGUCGCCUGGACUGGCCCAGCGAUCAAGCCGAACAGACCUGGUACGUGCUGCUGCUGUUCACUCUGUUCUUCAUCCCCGGAGUGGUGAUGAUUAUAGCCUACGGUCUGAUCUCCAGAGAGCUCUACCGAGGCAUCCAGUUUGAGCUGAGCCAGAACGCGGAGACCACCGGACAAAAGAACGGCGUGAGCAGGGCUGUGACGGGGUCCAAUGAUGACGACGAUGGCUGCUACAUCCAGGUCGCUAAAAAACCCGCCUCUGCUGUUGAGCUCCCCACCCUCUCUGCCUCAUCUGCCGCCGCCGCCGCCACCCAGGCCAAACCUGAGCGCGCCCGCAGCAACACGUCGAAGGCCAAGCUGCAGGCCAAGAGGCGAGUCAUCCGCAUGCUGAUGGUGAUCGUAGCGCUCUUCUUCAUCUGCUGGAUGCCGCUGUACUCGGCCAACACCUGGAAAGCCUUUGACCUGAAGUCAGCCUCCAAAGCCCUCUCAGGAGCCCCCAUCUCCUUCAUCCACCUGCUGUCCUACACCUCCGCCUGCGUCAACCCCAUCAUUUACUGCUUCAUGAACACGCGCUUCCGCAAGGCCCUGCUGUCCACCUUCGCCUGCUGCUGCCGCAAUCGGCUCUGCCGCCAGUGCUGGUGGUGCAGGAAGAGGGAGGGAGGAGAAGACGGCAUCACCGGCACCUCCAUGGCCACGUCGAUGGCCACCUCCAUGUCCAAGUUCAGCUACACCACCGUCAGCACCACGGGCACCUGCUGAGCCUGGAGGAGAGCUGGGUGGUCACAUCGGGCAGC